AACUUAAAAAUAAAUAAAUUCUAUCCAGUAUACCAGUAGGCAUUUGUGCACUCCACAAAAUUAUCUUGCAAUUGGAAUGGCCAUGGCAAUGACUACUCUGAUAUCUAAAACAACGCCCAUUUCAAUUUGUCCUUCAACCACUACUUCAAUGGCUAUUGCUUUUAACUCUGCCUCGGCGUUUUGUCCCCAAUUCAAGCCUAAACCCACUUUCCCUCUCUUCUCUAAACCUCUUUUUUUCCUCUCCUCCAGGCAAUUUUCUUCACGGGUGAUCAAUGCUUCAACCAAAGAUGAAUUUUCAGGACGCGUUGGGUUUCUCGGUUUGGGAAUCAUGGGUUCUCCGAUGGCCCAAAAUCUCCUAAAGGCCGGAUGUGAUGUGACUGUCUGGAAUAGGACAAAGAGCAAAUGUGAUCCUCUCAUCAGCUUGGGUGCUACGUAUCAACCCUCUCCUGAAGAAGUAGCUGCGUCUUGUGAUGUGACAUUUGCCAUGCUUGCAGAUCCUGAGAGUGCAGUUGAUGUUGCAUGUGGGAAGCAUGGAGCAGCAAAUGGAAUGGGUCCUGGCAAAGGGUAUGUAGAUAUUUCAACUGUUGAUGACGGGACAUCUAAACUUAUAAGUGAGCGUAUAAAGGCUACCGGGGCAUUGUUUUUGGAGGCUCCAGUUUCUGGCUCCAAGAAGCCUGCAGAAGACGGGCAGCUCAUUUUUCUUACAGCAGGUGACCAGUCCCUAUACGAAAAGGUUGCAUCCCUCUUAGACAUCAUGGGAAAGUCAAAAUUCUAUCUUGGAGAUGUUGGCAAUGGAGCUGCAAUGAAACUUGUUGUGAACAUGGUCAUGGGAAGUAUGAUGGCAUCAUUUUCUGAAGGACUGCUGCUUAGUGAAAAAGUUGGGCUGGAUCCAAGUGUACUUGUUGAGGUAAUCACACAAGGUGCAAUUAAUGCACCAAUGUUCAAACUCAAGGGGCCAUCAAUGAUCCAAUCCCAAUAUCCUACAGCAUUUCCCUUAAAGCAUCAGCAGAAGGAUCUAAGGCUUGCUCUUGGAUUAGCUGAAUCUGUCUCUCAGCCAAUACCAAUCGCAGCAGCUACAAAUGAGCUUUACAAGAUCGCAAAAUCACGUGGCCUUAGUGAUCAGGACUUCUCAGCUGUCAUUGAGGCUCUGAAAUCCAACACCACAGAAUAAGCAGCAUCUGAUAUUACACUGCUUCUUGCCACAUUUUGUUAUCUUUCUUUGGUCCUGUAGAAUCUGACCUACUUUCUCAUGAGAGAAGUGUACGAAAUAAGUCCGAUCGAUUCUUUUCUUUUUCUUCUCCCCCGCCCCUCCCCACCUUUGUUUCUUUGUGUACUUUGUUUUGCUUCUUGGUGAAAAAAGGUACUAAAUUUGUAGUAUGUGAUUCUCAAGUUCUAUGAACUUUUGUGUAAUUGUGAAUGAACAGGUGCUUGUCAAAGUUUAACA